AUGUCAAAAAUUGGAUACUGGGCAAGAUAUAUUCUUGCUUCCACUUUGUCAAACUCAUUUGAUUGCUGGGAAGAUGGCUUACUGCUUCUUGCUUUGAGUGUUACAGACUUACACCCAUUCGUCGUACUCUUGUUUCUUUAUAUUUGCAACCCGAUAUUCUUGCUUCCACUUCUUGAAAAUUCUAUGUUAAGGCCGUUUAUUGAGUUAUCAAAUUCUCCAUUGUUAUCAGAUUCUCAAUUGUUAUCGUCAUUCUCCACUAUCAAAAUUAUCAUGAAUAGAUUGUAUGAUGGCCUUGCUAAAGUUCUUUUCAUCCUACUUGAAAGGCCAGAUACUAGUGAAAAUGUACUUGAGUACGUUGCGGAGGUGAUAAAUUUAAGUGCUGAUCCAAUGGAUGACAACACUUUACGGGCAGGCACGCUUUUAAGUGUCAGUGCCGUCAUGCUUCGUCUAUGUGAGCCAUUUUUAGAUGCAAAUUUAACAAAAAGGUUUGAUCCAAAAUACGUACAUUGUUCAAACCGUUUGAAGCUAAGUGGGUUGGCUGCUCGUCGUAUAUCAUCAUCAGAAGAAGUUUCUGAAUGGCUUGAUAGUAAAUACCCAGCUAAGGCUGAGGGGAUCAAUCAAUAUAAUGAUGCUCAACAAUCUCAAGACGCCAGCAGUUCUCAUGAUGAAAUUUGCGAAAGGUUCUUUUUAACUGCAAGAGUCCUCAACUUAGGCCUUAUAAAUGCAUUUAUUGAGUACGAAUAUUUAGUUCAGGUUAAUAGUGCGUGUGGUAAAGGUGUUCGUGAAUUGGAACGACGCCUGUUUUACUCUCGCAAAAUGCUUCGUUAUGAAGCUCAGUUAUUGGAGGAUAAUAAACUGAUUGGGAAUGCACUUUCCUUCUACCGCGUGAUGAUUGUUUGGCUUCUUGACUUGGUUGGGGGAGCUAAGAUGCCUCUACCACCAAUUUUCCCAAUGGAAUUUGCUGCCCUACCGCAGUUUUUUGUAUUAGAUGCCAUGGAAGUUCUAAUAUUUGCUUCUUGGAUUCCAAAGGCAUUAGAUGGAGUGAUGCUGGAGGAGUUCAUGGAUUUUAUUGUUAUGUUCAUGGCCAGCCCUGAAUUUAUCAAAAAUCAAUAUCUUAGUGAAAAAAUGGUGAAAGUCUUGAACUGUUGGAUGCCCAGUAAGAGCUUAUCUACUACAGCUACUCUAUUUGAAGGGCACCAAUUGUCUCUUGAGUAUCUUGUGAGGAAUCUUCUAAAACUUUAUGUUGACAGUGAGUUCACUAGUUCUGUACAUGAGUUCAAAGACUUCCACCGUCAUAUAGCUGAACUCCUUGAAUACCUGUGGCAGGUCCCUAGUCAUCGUGAUGCUUGGAGACAGAUUGUUGAAGAGGAGGAAAAGGACGUCUUUCUGAAUUUCUUGAACUUUCUGAUUGAUAAUAGUAUUAAUCUAUUUGAUGAAAGUCUGCACCAAAUUCUUGAUCACAAAAGGCAGGCAGUUGUAGCGGCUGAAGAGUUUACAAAGGUGAGUUUUUGGUCUAAUAUUAUUCGGGUUGUUAUUGGGUUGGUAAGUGAACAUCUCAGGCUGCUUGCAUUUGCUUCGGAGCAUUUUACUGCUCCAUUCCUUCUUCCUGAGAUGGUUGGAAGUGUGGCUAGCAGGCUCAAUCGCUUUUUGCUGCAAUUGGUGAGUCCUCAGAGACAAUUUCUUACUCUAGAAGACCACGAAAUUUACGAAUCUCGUCCAAAGAAUUUGCUAAAGCAGAUUGGGCGAGUAUAUGUUCAUCUGGCUAGAGGUGACACAAAGUCCGUCUUCCCGGCUGCCAUUUCAAAGGAUAGUCAAUCAUAUAAUGAUGAGUUGUUUUUUGCUGCAGCAAAUGUCCUGUACAAUUACAGAAUUGAUGAUGGCGAUGAGAGAAUUUUCAGGGAAUUUAUUCAACUUGGUGCUAAAGCUAAAUUUGCAGCUUCAGAGGCAGAUGCCAUGUAUACCGAAGCUACUCUAGGAGAAAUACCAGAUGAAUUCAUUGAUCCAAUUAAUCGCACCUUGAUGAAAGAUCCAGUUCUGUUACCUCCCCCUUCAAACACGAUAAUUGAUCGAUCUGUCAUUCAGAGGCUUCUUCUUACUAAUAAUACUGACCCAUUUACCCGUUUGGCACUCACUGCGGAUAUGCUGCGACCUGCUGGUGUACUAAAAGCAAAAAUUGAGGAGUUUGUAAGAUCUCGAAUGAAGGAUAGUAAAUAA